UUUCACGAACAAAAGACAUGGUAAACAAUUAAAAUGGACGCCGAAAUUAGUUUUUUUAUUGUGUAGCGUCGCAAUUUACAUUAUUUUGUCGCAAAACGCAUUUGUUAAUUUCAAUGGAAUAUUCUCGUAUCGUGAAACGAAAUCAUCAACUGUAUUCGACUCGAACAAUUCCAUGGAUCACAUUGUAAACAGUAGAAGAGUGGUGGAAAAAAGUCAAAACAAAAUAUAAACAAGAAGUAGGAGUAUUGGAGAUAAGACGGGUUUCGUGUAAUCUCGUUAAGCAAAUUGGAUUCUGUGUGCCUCGUUAUUAGGUAUCAUACUUCAUAGUUUCAUACGGUUUGUUUCGUUGUUCGUGUGUACUUGUUGUUCAUUAGGGUACAUUCGAAGGAUUUUUGGAACGUUGUUUCAAUGUUCGGCCAAUUGUCUCGGUAGUGGUAGUUUCAGUAGGCGAAAUCUCGUGCGUGUUUCGAGGUCAAUAACAUUACUUUCAAGAAAAACGCAAAUUUUUGUGCGUUAACAUUGACUUUUGAGUAUUUGAAAACUGAAAAUCAUAACAUGAUGAAGUUCAGCAGUAAAAAUUCUGUAACCACAUCUAUCAAAUGCACUGUUCGUUUGUUGGAAGACACCCAAUUGUUAGAUUUGGAAUUUCAGUGUCAUGAAAAAGGCAGCACAUUGAUUACACGAGUUUGUGAAGAAUUAGAUCUGAUAGAGAAAGAUUAUUUUGGUUUACGCUAUGUCGACAACAAACGCCAAAGGCAUUGGCUUGAACCAUCUAAAUCAAUCAUAAAACAAAUGCGAGAUGUAGAAGCAGAUAAUAUUUUGUUUAGUUUUCGUGUGAAGUUUUAUCCUCCCAAUCCGUUCCGACUAAAAGAAGAUAUAACCCGCUACCAAAUUUAUCUUCAAUUAAAAAGAGAUUUAUUGCAUGGUCGUCUUUAUUGCAAUACUGCUGAAGCUGCAUUAUUAGGAGCAUAUAUAUUACAAGCUGAGCUGGGGGACUUUAAUCCAGAUGAGCACAUAGAUAACUAUGUGACUGAGUUAAAGAUAUUAUUAAAACAAACUCAGCAGUUGGAAGAAAAAAUGAUGGAAAUUCACAAAAAUGAACUGAAUGGGAAAACUGUGGCUGAAGUAGAGACCAUGUUUUUGAAAAAAGCAUGCGUUUUAGAUACUUAUGGAGUAGAUCCACACGCUGUCAAAGACCAAAGAGGAAAUCAACUGUACUUGGGCAUUAAUCAUACUGGCAUUCUUACGUUUCAAGGUAGUAAGAAAAUAAAUCAUUUUAGUUGGUCACAAGUGCAAAAGAUCAACUACGAGGGUAAAAUGUUUAUCAUACAUGUAAUCCUUAAUGAGGAUCAGAGAAUAAAGAAAAAGCAAACUGUCGGGUUUAAAUGUCCUAAAGGCUCUUCGUGUCGUCAUGUAUGGAAAUGUGCUAUUGAACAGAUGCUUUUCUUUACAUUUUCUUCAAGUUCAGAUGUACCUCAUGUAGUAUCUGGCGGAGGAUUCUUUUCGUGGGGCACUAAAUUCAGAUAUAGCGGUCGUGUUGAACGUGAAAUAUUAGAAGACAUGUCAAUUACACGUGAAUCUCCGUCUGUAACACGAGUUGCUAGUCUACGGCGGAAAUCAUCAAGCGAACCCGCAACACCAUCUACUAUUAUAGCCGGAUUUAAUAGUCUUCCUCGCUCUUUGUCAAAUUCUAAUGAAGAAUACAAUACAUCAAAAGAUACAUUUUCUCUAGAUAAUUCCCAUUCUGUUUUGGAAACAUUGAUAGAAGACCAGGAAACCAAUACACCUAAAAUUGAACAAGACGCCAUUAAUGAAGAUACAAUGAACAAUCAUUUACAGAGUGAAGACCCGGCCACGGUAACCGACUACUGCUCCCCAUCAUUAUCUCAAACAGUGCCUAACCAUCAGAUAUCUGGUCAAAAACGUGUGGAUAACAAAUCAGUCAGAAGGAGCCGAUCGCCGACAAUGUCAUUCAUAUGUUCAACCAUACUGCCAAUCGUGCUGACGUUGUUUUUAGUGUUCAUGAUUGUAGUCGUGGUGUUGGAGAGCGACAUUGACUUCUUAGUUACCAUCAGGAAAAGACCGGAAAUAGCGGCUUUCAAGAUUAACUACUAUGAUUUGGGUAAAGAAUUUAUAGUGAGGCGUUUUAUAAGAUCAAAGAUGUUUUAAUAAUACCUACGUUAUCCGUCAGGAUUGUUAAUAUUUACAUAGUAUAUAUUAUUUGAAGUCUAGAAACGUACACUACACUUGUGGAUGCGGGAGAGUUAAAUUUUGGUACAAAUAUUUUUAAGUAUAUGUUUAUUAUUAUACUAUACUAUACAUACUAUACAUAUUACUAUACUACAUAUACUAUACUAUACAGUAUAUAUUAUGUAAUGUAAAAAGGCAAAAAAAAAAAAAGGUGAUGGUCUCCACUUUAGGUGUUUUGAUGUGACACGUGUGCUCAACGUUUUGUAGUAGUAUGAUGAUGAUAUUAUAGUUCCACGCAAAAUCGAUCAAACUUUACCUAUAUAAUUUUAUUAAAAUCUUUAAAAAAAAUAAUUUCACUUGAUAAUGUUUUAGUAUUCACAAUCACUUUCUACUAUUUGGUGUUGCGUUUUUUUUUUUUUUUUGUGAGGUUUUUUUUAAUUUCAUGAGUAAUAUAAUGAUUUUCAUGUAGAAAUCAUGAUCAGCAGAGAUUAUAUGUUUAAAAGAGCUUUUGAUGUUGUUCAAAAAUCAUGGUACUAUUUAUUUUAUUUUUUCUAUAUUAUUUUAUUAGUUAUGUGACAGUAGGUACUAUUAUUGUAACUUCGGUGCUUGGAGUUGUGCUGUUCACGUUUGACACAUUAUUUUAUUUAAUAAUAUUAUAUAUCACAAUUUAACUACUUGUUUUAUCAGUAAUUCGCAUUAUAAUGUGUGUUUUUAUACACAUAUACAAUAUAUGUAUUGUUUAUUCUUUUAAAAAAAAAUAGUUUUAUUUAACUGUAUACUUUUAAUGAUUUAAGUUAUUUAUAGUACGAAUUACUAGUCACUGAACUGCUGCAAUGACAACCAUUCAUUAUUAUUUUCAAUUUACAUGAAAACUUGCACCAUUCUCCAAAGGGUCUUGAUUUGGACAUUCCUUUAAAGCUAACCAACAUUUUAAUUAUGCUGUUAUUUUUAUUUUUUUUUAAUUUAAUGUUUCAUUAUUUGGCACAAACUCUUAAGUUCUGGGAAGAUGGUAAAGUUAAAAAAAAAAAUAAUAAAGGUGUUGGGUAUAAAAAAUGCAAUUAUAUUAAUUUUUUUUGUGUUAUGUGCAUUUAUAAUUAUGGACAGUAAUAGAAUCAUUUAUCUUUUAAAUAAUAUGUUAUAAUAUUAUUUAUAUUAUGAUUUAAAAAAAAAAUAAAAUGUUCAACUAAAAAGUCCAUUUAAACAGCACAUAUCACCUUUGUUCAGUCCGGCCGUUUUUAUAUACCUAUUUAUUAUUAUUCUAGUUACCAUACAUUCCAAAUUUUACUAAUUAUAUGAUCUCUAAUACCAAUUUUUUUUAAACUGUGCCGUUUGUAUAAUAUAAAGAAGACGCUUCUAAUCAUCCAAAAAUAAUUAUAAUUGAAAUUUUUACUAAAAUUGAUAUACUUUACAAAUGCAUUUAAUAUAUUACUAUUAUUGUUUUAUUAAUAGCCUAUUUAAUUUAUAUUCAUUAUUAGCAAUAUGUACUUAUCACUAUUUUUCUACGUUUUUGUACUUAAAUGUUUUUUGGUAGCUUUGUUUUUUUUUAGUGAUUUUGAAAUAAUGUGCAAUUUAUGUGUUAAAUUAAUAAUUUUUCUUUCUUAUAGAUCGUAAUCUUGUACUUAAAAGUAUAAUAAUAUUUUUGCUGUAAAAUUUAAGUUAUGUGUUCUUAUAAUGUAUACUUAAUAUUUUCUAUUAUUGACAUAAUAUUUCACUAUGUUACACUGUGUAAAUAUACAAUCAAUAAUACCUAUUUAUUUACAAUUUUUUAAUCUUUAAAAUAAUAGUUUUAAUCGCUACAUAAUAUUUCUUUUUGGAUGGUUGUACUUAAAAGUAAAACAAUGUUUGCUGUGUGAAAUUGGGUUUAAAAAUAUACUUUACUAAUUAUUAAUCAUGAUUUAUAUUACAUUAUCGUAUGAUAUAUCGACCUGAACAUUCCAUUAAUUUUAUGACAAUUCCAUGCAUUAAUUUCUUUAUUUUACUGUGUUUGUAAUGAAAAUCUUAAAAUAACUUUUCUCAAUCAUUUCUAUAUAUUGUUUCUUUCACACUAUUCCAGUCUUGCUUAAUUUAGAUAAAUAUUAUACGAAUAU